UCACUUCCGGACUGGAACUCUCCUUGGCUAAAGAGUAAAGACAACAGUACUGGUCCAAAAUAAUUGAUCUAUGCUUUGACAUAAUACCACGAAUCUUGGCUGUUUAACAUAUUGUUGAAUGCAGUUGCCUUAUGAUAUAUAGCCCGAUUGUUUACAAAGAUGUUUGGACUGGAGCUGUCAACUGGUGUGGAUGAUGUGGUCAACACAAUUGAAAAGCUCCCCACAGACUUGUUUGCAGAAACGCUCCAGGUGAUCCGUGUUCAUCUUCAGGAUCAGAGCAAAGCAGUAGAUUUGAUUGAAAACUGUGAUAAAUUUCAAAGAGCCGGGAUAAACCUGGAUCAGAAAGCUGUUCAAGACAUUAUAAGACUGAUGUCAUACUAUUUUAGGUUAGCUGCAAAGGGCAAUCUCAGUGCAGAUGUCUUGGUCAGCAAAUUGACUGAAUGUAGCAGUAAAUGGUCCAAAGCAAAGCUACAGUUGGUGCACCAGCUUUGGACUGAGCAUGGUGCUUGUCUACAUGCACAGCAGGAGGUCCUGACAAUGGCUAGGAUUGGACAGCUUGUAGAUAUCCAGUGGAAGCUUGGAAUGGCAGUGAGCUCAGAUACCUGCCGAUCCCUCAACUCUUCGUUCAUCUCGGUUCUAAUAAAAAUUGCGGACACGUCAGGGGAGGUAUCAUAUAAAUCCUUUGAGAUGACAGUGCAGCAGUUCCAGAACUUCCACAAGCAGUUCAAGGAAAUGGCCUCCGUUUUAGAGACGGUUUAAUAUUUUUCUGCAAGUGAUUUUUGCAGCAGUGAUUCUGAAACAUUCUGUCUUUGACUAAAUGUUUACGUUUAAGGAUUUAACAGUCAAUAAUUUUGCACUGAUCUUUUUUGAUCUUAAAGGAAUUUUUAUUCCUUUAAUACUAUCAGUACUGAAUAAAGACAUCCAAACACAUGUCUUAUAGUGUUAGAUCAUGCAUGGAUCAACAUAAAUUUCCAUUUGUCAUUAAUAUUGAUCUUCAUAAUUGUCUGAACAUUAAAUAUUUGUUUUUCACCUUUCAAAUAUAAAUAACACAUGUUAGUUGAUGUUAAAAUAAAGAACAUGAAUUUCUUCUAAUAUUGUUCAAUAUAAUUAUUCACUGAACCACUGUUUUUUGUUUUGUUUAUGUUUUUUUUAUGUAUUCCAUCUUCUUAACAUUGCAAUUCUUUACAAUGCUUAACAUCACAAUGCUUAAUAGUAAGGAUGGUGUUGGAUAUAUGGUUAAGGCAAAAAUUCAUUAAGACGGAUUAAGCGUCAACCCCAAUUAAGCACACCUGAUCAGCUAAUCAAGUCCUUCAGGAUCAUUUGAAAACUGCAAGUGUGUGUGUUGAAGCAGGGUUGGAACUAAACUUUGUAGGGCUGUGGCCCUCCAGAAACUGAGUUUGACACCCUGAGAUGACCUUUUUUUUAAUUAACUUAUUUAUAGAUUUUUCCUAAAAUCUAAUUUUGUCAGCUUUGUUGUCUUCUUGACAGUGGAACUGAUCUGCUGUUUUGUCUUGGCUGAAAGAUUCCAGAUUAAAUUUGAUUGAAUGUGACCUUGCAACACAGCAGAGAGAGAAAUAAUUUAAGGGGUGUGAAUACUCUCUGAAGGCCUGGAACCUGUGCCUAAAUAUGGCAACUUUUGCAGACUAAAUUACAGGCUAAAUGUGAUGAUGGGCUGCAGUUGGUCUCUGAUGGUCUCUCAUAUUCAUGCUAUUUACUAUUUGUAUGGCAUCUUGUUUUAAGCUGGGCACUUGGUCAGCACUCGAUGACAGCAAUAGUAACAUGAGAGAACUUUUUAAAAAUGUGUUUUCAAUUUAUUUUAUUCACCAGCUAAUACUUUUAUGAAACAUAAAUGAAAAUGAUUAUGCAGGUCCUGAACUGAAUUCGAUAUUUCAUCAUAUCUUACUGUGUUAGUCAAGCAAUUUACUGACGCAAAGGAAACACAACCUACCUGUACCUCACAAAAAUGAUCCAAUCAAUUCCCGGUGGACAAAAUCAAUAAGCUUUUUCACUAGGAAAUACAUCACAAUAGGGAAGAAAAUACUUUCACCACUUGUCUUGGCCUCUUUUUUUUAAAACUAAGAGUGGAUGAUAGCAGCAUCCAGAUUGUAUACUUCUGAAUUGCAUACUGGUAUACUACUUUUACGAUUUCUACAAUAUUCUGCUAUUCAUAUUUGGUGUACUAAAGAAAUGGCAGAAAUUAUAAGAAAAGUAUGGAAACAUACUAUUUCAAAUUCAGCCACUGUCUGAAAUGAAGGGUUGACAGUUUACUCUGUAUAAUACAUAGUAUGUAGCAGUAUGUAUGUUAGUAUUUGAUUCCAAAAUAUGACCACAGUAACCUUUAUCAUUAAAAAACGUGAUAGCUUCUAAAGACAGCAGAGGGCGCUCUUGAGUAUAUUGAAUCAUUUUUGUACUAAAGUACAGUUUCAUGUUUCAAACCUUUCAGUAGCCUACUUGUAAUGUAAUUUGUAUCCAAUUCACUAUACUGGCAAAA